AUGGAUAAUAUGGAAUAUUCAGGUUCAUACAUAGACCAAACUCUUGUGGAAUAUCAAACGUUGUCUUCGGAAUGCUCCCAUGACAGGACCGAAAGACCGGAACGUUUACACGAAUGGUUGAAAUCAGAUGAAAUCGAACGUUUACACAAUAGUUUCUUGGCGAAACAAAAACUGACGUAUGCAGAAUUACGCACAGAAUUAGAAGAACUAAAUAUUACGUUCAACGAUAUCGAAUAUAAUCGUUUAUUUCUGAAGAUCAAUCAAAAUCGUGACUUUAAAUGUGAUUGGAAUGAAUUUGUUUCCUAUCUUAUUUUUGGAUUUCAAGAAGAUGAUCCUUCGAGUCAAAAGGAAUCGUUGAUUUUACCAAUAUCAGCAGCUCCAAUUGUCAAGAAAUCGGAACAUAGAUCAGCUGUAUGUUGCAUAAGUCUGUUGAAAAAUGUAUCCGAUUUAAUAGUGGACGAUGAUGAAGUGGAGGCAGCAAUGAAAAAUCAGGAGAAUGAUGAGGAUAUGGAUGAACAGGCCGAGGCGGAAAAACAUAAAAUUCAAAAUUUAGCUAUAAAUGAUACUGCAGAAAAUACGGGAAUUUGGAUAACGGGAAGUAAGGAGGGUCAAAUACGUUUUUGGACACCGCUAUUGGAGCCUUUGCGCAGUGGCAUGUCGGAAAGUUUGCACUUAAAAAUGCCCACAUGGAUUUUGUGUAUUCAAGCUUUAUCCGAUGUUGGUAUAGUUUGCACAUCUUCCACUGAAAGAGAGUUGCGUUUUCACGAAACCAUAGCUUCCACAUUUAUUUUGCGAAUAGUUAUACGCAGCAUGCCUUUAGCAGUCUGUUGUAUGGCCUAUGGUUUUCAUUCGAAAGGCAAAUGUAACUCACGUUUAAUACUGGGAGAUUAUGGUGGAAAUGUUCGAAUUUUGGAAUUUACACCACAUCUUAGGGGUCCGUUUCAGUCUAAACCGGGAGCAGCAUUAAUUGAAGUUUUCUGGACUGACAUUUUAAAGGGUAAAUUACCUUCCUUUAAAAUUCGAGAAUAUUUGAAUAUCCAUACUGAAAUGAUUCAACAGGUAUUUUAUUCGAUACGUUUAAAUUCGAUUUUUGUGGCAGCUGAAUAUCGUAACACUAAAAAGUAUAGAGGACGUUGUCCCGGUUUAAUUGUGGCUAAUGGAGAUGAUAAAACAAUAUUUCGUAUUCCAUUGGGUGUUACCACUUUCUUUGUGGAUGAAAAGAAUAAUAUUGUAGUGACGGGUGGCCCCGAUACUUUUGUGCGCAUUUGGGAUGUUUAUAUAUCUGGCGAACCUUCGGGCAUAUUGACCGGUCAUAAUGGUGGCAUUGUUAUGGUCUUUGUACAGCCGGAAGAGAAGAAAGUUUAUAGUGUGGAUUAUCAGAAAAUUAUAAAAGUUUGGGAUUUAACCGAACAUGUCUUACUACAAACGUAUGGUGACUUAGUAAGACUGAUACCGACCGAAACCGAUUUGGUUUAUUACUAUCACUCACAUUUGAGGUUACUCUUGGUGGGUGGUCGUAAGCUAAUUACCGUUAAAUGUAAUCCACGUGUGCGGGUAGAUCUAACAGAUGGUAAUACACAUGCUGCUCCUGUAUCGGUGGUUUUGUACAAUCGUCUAUUUAGGAAUGUUGUGACCUGUGGCUUGGACAGUUUCAUUAUUGUAUGGGAUCCAUGGACAGGCAGACGUAAAAUUAUUAUUAAAAACUGUCAUACAAAACAGUUGUAUGGUGAACAUAUUGAUAUAGAAAUAACCGCUGCAUGUUUUGAUCCAUUGGAACAGUUUUUGCUUACUGGAGCCCGAGAUGGUUCCCUUAAGAUUUGGAAUUAUAAUAAUGCAGUGUGUAUUCGCAAUAUGAGUAUAAAACCGGAGCAUGAGGUGACUGCAGUUAUAUGGGUGGUGGAAAGAAUUUUAGCGGUAGGCUGGGAUAAACAAGUCACCGAAUUUAACGAUGUUGAGGGUCGAGAAUAUGGUGAUCCAAAAAAAUGGCCCAUGUUUCAUACGGACGAUAUAACCUGUGCCGAUGUUAAAUUGGGUGAAGGUGUUGUCACCGCAACCUAUUCAGGUGAAUUAAUAUUUUGGAAACUCGAAACCGGCCAACCCUAUAGACGUUAUAGUGUGGCACAACCUUCCGAAUUUAUUGAAUUGAAAUAUAAUCGUCCUUCUGUUAUCGAAGAAGAUAAUAAUCUAAUCAAAGAAGCUCAACGCAUGAGUCAUAUAAGUGUGUCGCGUUAUGUGCGAAGGUCUAUCUCUGAAAGAAUACGAGAAAUUAAUAAACGAAUGUCAAGAUGGGCUGUAGCAGAUGAUGGAAUUGAUGAAGAACAGAAUUUCUUAGGAGAGAGACAUACUUUGACACCCAUACUGAGCCAGAGACAUGUGUUACCCAUGUCGGUGCAAGCGGUAUUAUUUCUACAAACUCGUCCCAUGACAAGAGAACAUGGUAGUGUUUUUGUAGCUUUAGAAACGGGAGUGAUACAAGUAUAUUCCCACCAUCAAGGUGGCGGUUAUUUGAAUAAAUUUUAUGCCAUCCACAAAACUGGUGACUGUGUCUUGACAAUGGCCACUGACCGCAAAAAUCGGUAUUUGUUUACAGGUACAGCUAUGGGCUAUGUCAAAAUUUGGCAAGUACAGAAUUAUUGCGUACCAGAAAAAGAAAAAGUGGAAUUGUGCAUACCUGUGCUACGAUUACAAUUCAUAUUUUUACGCAAUGAUAGAUUUCUAACAAGAGCCAAGAGAGCAGUACGUCGUCAGCCGGAACCCAUGUUAGUCAGUUCCUAUAAAGGACACAUUAAAGCCAUCAACUCAAUUGUGUUUAUUAAUUUGCCAAAAAUAUUAAUAACAGGUAGUCAUGAUUGCUCGUGUCGUUUGUGGUCUUUAGGCGGGCGAUAUUUGGGUACUUUAGGCACACCAUUGCCUUGGAUGAAACUAUCGCCAUUUGAGCCAGUGGAAGAGCGAAACAGUCAUUACCGCAUGCCACCCGAUAUUAAAAAAGUGGCCAGUUCUACAACUAUGAAAGUUAUUACUGGUGAACAAAAGGAAUCAUUUAAAAUGGGUUUCGGAGAAACACGUCCAGAGGACCUUGAUACAGCCGAAGAUGACGAAACUUUACGGUUAUAUAGUAAACCGUUGCGUGAACCAAUUUUAGGUAAACAUUUCCAAUUACCUGGACGCAGUGCGGCGGAGCAACGCAUUGAUUUGGAUAUAACGGCCUCCUAUACACCAGUCUUUACACAUUUGAAAAUUCAUGAAGCUAGCGAUUUAGAAAGGCCUACGACACCCCCCACCAUUCGACGAUUAGCUCGUGAAAAUUAUAUGGACUUUUACAAGCCCAUUAAAGCUGACAAUGAUCGAGCUAGACAUGACAGUUUAAAGGAUGAACAGUUGGUAAAAGCAGUUCGAAAAUCAAUUGGUAAAACUUCAAUUGUCUUUAGUUCUGAGGUCAAACCAAAGAAGUGA